AUGGAUACGACAAAGCCCGAGUUCUAUUCUAAGAACCGCUCCUUUCAGCACGACCUUGGAGUUGAGGUUCUCCAGUACCACAUGAGGUGGGAGGAAGGCGACACAGUUCUGGACGCGGGAUGUGGAACGGGAGAAAUCUGCAAGUACAUCUCCCAACAGCCAGGGGUCGCUUCUGUGGUGGGCGUUGAUGUGUCACCUGACUUUGUUAGGUAUGCCAGUCAGCACAACUCCUCACCAGACGUGCUCUACCAGGUGUCUGAUAUCACUGAUGCGUCAACAAUUAAGCCUGAGUUGCGAGGUGCCUUCAGUAAAGUAGUUUCUCUCCAAGUGCUACACUGGGUGCAAGACAAGGUUACUGCGCUAAAAGUGUUGCAUUCUUGCCUAAAGCCUGGGGGAGAAAUGUUAUUGUGGUUCAAUACUAAUGCGAGCAAAUUCUGCCGAAUCCUCCUGGGUAUGGCCUCCCACCCCAAGUGGCAAAUCUACUUGACAGAUUUCGAGCUGAAUGUGUUUCCGUGGCCUUCUAGCGAUAUCGUAAAGGAUCGCCACAGCAGCCUCCUUUUGGAGGAGUGCGGUUUCGAAGUCCUUUCUUGUGAUCUAAAAGAACAUCUGCACCCUUUUAAUUCUAAGAAACAAUUUAGGAAUGCUGUGGGUGCCUGUUUGGGCCAUCUUUGCUACAUCCCACAAGACAAACACGAGGAAUUCUUGAACGACGUAGAAAAGAUGACGAGAGAUAUCAACUUUGUUUCAGACAAUUACAAAGUAACCAAUGAGUGUCAGGUUGUCUACGCUCGAAAGUUGUAG